UGAGCCCCUCUUGUUCAGACAUGGAUUACUGUUUCUGGAAGAAAUGAUCCAACCAUUACUGCCCAUUACUGCUCUCUCUCUCAUGGAUGAGUUAUGAGAGUCUUCUCAGAGAAUCUGAUAAGAAGAGUUAUAAUGGUUUGACUGAGCCACCCUAACCGUAGAACCCGUCUGAUGUGGCGUCACACCUGACAACCACAAGUUAUCUGUCACGUGGGUUUCAGUCCAUUUCUCUCUCCCGCCCUUUGAAACACCCACAAGCACUCACCUAACGAGAACCCAGUUCACAAUUCCUAUCGAAAAUCAACUUCUCUCUCUAGUAAUCAAUAGAAUUGACUCUAUGUUUCUCUUUUCUUCUUUUUCUCUUCUUUUUUGAACAAAACAUAAUCUGUUCUUCUCAGAUUCUCUCUCCCCCCCCCCCCUCCGCUUUCUCUCUGCUCAAUUCAUAAAUCCAUGCCGUUCUGUGAUGUCAGCAAAUACCAGGAAGGAGGAGGAGGAAGUAAUGGAAUUAAGAUUUUCUAUAGAACCUAUGGCCAUGGGACAAUCAAAGUCCUUCUCAUCACUGGUUUGGCGGGAACCCAUGAUUCUUGGGGUCCUCAAAUUAAGGGCCUCACGGGUGUUGACACGCCCAAUGAUGCUGGAUCGAAGAGCAGUUCACCAAAAAUGAAUGAUCCAGAAGAGGGUUUUGAUGGUGAUGACAAUGAGGGGAUUGAAGUAUGUUCUUUUGAUAACCGUGGGAUGGGUCAGAGCUCUGUUCCCACCAAGAGAUCUGAAUAUACAACAACAAUCAUGGCAAGGGAUGCCAUAGCUCUAUUGGAUCGUUUGGGUUGGAAAAAAGCUCAUGUCUUUGGGCAUUCUAUGGGGGCUAUGAUAGCUUGCAAGUUGGCUGCAAUGGUGCCUGAUAGGGUAUUGUCUUUGGCAUUACUUAAUGCAACCGGCGGAGGUUUUGAAUGUUUUCCUAAGCUUGAUCGAAAAACAAUAUCCAUUGCUAUCCGUUUUCUAAGGGCAAAGACUCCUGAGCAGAGGGCAUCUGUUGACUUAGACACCCAUUACACAAAGCCAUCCUCUUCAUUUCUUUUGGGGAAGUAAUCUGGUACAGCAACCGUCAUGCUGCCAACACACUAAAUCACAUGGAAGUUGGGAGGCCCCUUUUAAAAUGGUGAGGAGAAAACCCAAAAUGUCCAAAGCCAUCAUUUUCCACCUUGACAUGGUGCAAAGCUUGGCUCAAGUUUUUUUGUUUCUCUUUGAUCUUGAUAAUUAGCUGAUUCAUUCAAUAAAGAUAGAAUUGAAAUCUCAAAAAUGCCUUAACCCAAGCCUAUACCCCUCCUAGAAGAACAAAAAAAAAAAAAAAACAAGGAGAACAGAGAAGGAACCAAAGUCAGUUUGAGAGAGAACAAUUUUAUAUCCAUUUCAAGAAAUUGACAUUAACGUUUACCUUAAUUUGGUAUUGUAUGGGAUAAUGAGCUAUAAAUAAAUUUAAGGUUUAACAAAAAUUCAUUUUCCACUUCAUGCAACUGCUAAGUAGAACUCAAGGGAAUUGGAAAAUAUCCUACAAAAAUUAAAUUAUUGCAUUUUCUUGUUCUUUCCUCUGUAAUGUGAUGAAGUUGUUUCGAUAUCAUUCCUUCUUUUUUCCAGACAAGUGUUGCAUUAAGAGGGGGGGGGGGAACAGAGGCAGUGGUGAAGACUAUGGAUGUAUUUUUGGGCUCAGACAAUCAUGGGCCACAUAAAAACAUAAGGCUGUGAAUUCUGUCCAUUUGUGUGUCCCCAAAAGAUUUUCCAUCAUUGGUGUCAAGUCCUUCAGUAUCAAGACCAAAAAUGUAGAUUGGCCAUUGUCCUUGUCUUUCACUGCAUAAGAAGCAGUUUCCUUCUCAAAAUUGGACUAUUUAUCUUCUUCCAGUUAGUCAAAAGCCCACCAAAAAGGCACGAUUUCUACACUAUCUACCUCUAUGAGGGAAUGACCAUCUAUAAUUCAUGUAGAUCAACAACAAACAACAUCCAAAACCUUAUCCCAACUUAAUGGGGUUGACUACAUGGAGAUUCCAAGCAAGGACGAGCGCAAGGAUCCAUGCAAAAAGAUUGACAGGUUAUGGCUAAUUAUAAUAAGUGUCGGCUGUCAACCUGACGCACCACUACAAAUCAGUCAUAGGCUUAUAACGACAAUCUAUAAUAAGGAAAAUAGAACUUCAUUCAUACAACGGUUGAGCUUCCAAUGAGUGUUUUUGCAUCUAAUUCAGAAGUUCCCUUACUAGAGCAGAACUACCAACAAACGUUCCACCAAGAAACAGCUAUAUAUUACAAUACACGAUCAAACAGUUUCUAUUCUCUACGAGAAUUAAAUAUUGUUUCUUCCAAGCUACUACGGAUCCUGGACAGAUGGUUAAACAGCUCCAUGCUUUGAGGGAUAGUGAAAAUUAAUUUUUGCCAUUACUAAACAGGUACCCGAGAGCAGACCCAACACCUGGGGCUGCAUGAACCUUAAUAGAAGGUGAUCUAUAAUUUACGUAGAUCACCCUCUUCUUUUGGUGUGGUACCAUUUAAUUUGCACAAACUGUUUAUCUGUUCAGUAAGCACUGGAUGCCAUGAGUUAGAUUCAAAUCAAGGGGAUCAUGAGACAGAAAAGACCUAAAAAUAGAAAAAAAUGUUCCCUGUGACAUAAUAGGCCAAAAUAUGGAUGAUUUUAGGAUUAAGAUUAUUUUUAUAGGCAGAAAAUCUUUACUGGGGCAAUUGAUGUAGUUGAUUCUUUGGGUAGCCUUGAUAUUUAAUGUAAAUAUUGUGUUGGAAAUAAGUUUCCAUUACCUUUUCUUGCUUACUGAAUUUUCUUCAUAACUAUCAAAAUUUGUUUGAGCUUCUGACACUACUCAGCCUGAAUAUUAAGGUGAAUCAGAUCAUGCAGUAAAAGCUGUUGAAGCCUGGAAAAAUUCGUCUCGAAGUCUAGUAUGAAAUCAGUCAUCUGUUAGUUAUAUUUAUGUCCUAACUUGGGAAACUUGUUUGCAUAUUGUUGGUUUACCCAUUUGCAAACACUUUCAUCUAUCACUAUAUGCUCAUUAGUAUGAACAUAAUAAGCGAUAAGCAUUUUUCACAUUGUGCUGGAUGUGCAGGAGUAUCUUGAAGAAUAUGUUGGACCUAAGACUCGAAGAACAAUUUUAUAUCAUGUAUGGAAUACUAC